AGUGCCAUCGAUAGUUUGCCACCCCUAGUUUGUGGUUUUGAAUGCUGAUGUAAAGAGAAAGAAAAUACUUUCGGUCGAAGCGAAAUCGAUUAGUUUGUGUUAAACAUAUCUAUUGCCAAUAAAGAGGCCUCUUAAAUUGUUAAUGAAUAAUUUUUGGGAUGAGUGUAGAGUUGUCUUCCCCCGAGAUGAUGGUGUGCCAAACACUGCGCGCUGCCACGGAUCCAAAUCAUGAAGUUGUUUUGAAAGCCGAGGCGCAGUUAGCAGAAUGGGAACUACAGCCUGGAUUCUUCCCUACUCUAGCCCGCUUUUCUACGUUGCAUGCCGGAAACGAAGCCGGACAGCAGCAUUUACAGAUAGAUCUGAAUGUACGCUGGAUGGCGGCUGUAUACUUAAAGAAUGGUAUCAAUAAGUAUUGGAGGCGGAAUGUGCGGCAUGAGCUACCUAGUGAAGAGAAACAACAAAUUCGAGAGAUUCUUUUGAAAAAAUUUAGUACGGAACCAGUACCACAAGUAAUGUUGCAGAUAGCUGUGCUUAUAGCACGUAUAGCUCGUAUUGAUUGUCCUCGCGACUGGCCAGAGUUAAUACCUCAACUGAUGAAACAGCUACAGAUAUGUGCACAAACGGAAGGUGAUGCAGGUGAACAACAUCGAGUAUUGCUUGUUCUACAUCAUGUGGUAAAAGCGCUGGCGUCUCGUCGCAUGAUGGCGGAAAAGCGAGUUUUUGAAGAGCUAACAGGAAAUUUGUUCGUAUAUAUGAAAGAUAUAUGGGAUGCUUUCACAACUCUAUUUUUUCACCAACUUAAGACGGCUUCUGUGAACGCGAUAUCAACUUUGGAACGUGCUCUAUUGACUACGCGCAUUUUAAGAAAACUAACGGUGUAUGGAUUUUCAAAGCCUUUUAAAAUUGAGUGUUGCAUGAGCUUCCUUGAACUGUUAUUCGCUCGUCUUAAACAGUGCUUGGAAUGUCGGUAUGAACUGCAACAUCUUGGAGCUGAAGACCAACUGGUAGCUUUAAUGGAAAAGUUCAUACUGAAACAAAUAAAGACGCUAACGGAGUUUCAAGAUAUGCACUCUAGCUCGUUUGCUCGAUUUGUUCCUGAAGCACUAGAAUUUAGUUUUGAGCAUGUAUUCUAUGAACGUGCGCGUCUUAUAUUUUCUGAGAAUGUCAUAAAUUUCAGCAAUUUUGCCAUACAUUGUAUCAAUCUUAUGAAAGGUAUAAUGAUGUGUAGCGCUUAUGCUAAUUCGGCAACAACUGGCGAACACGUUUUAACAGAGCCUAAUCCAGCUCCACAUAUAGCUCUAUCAGACUUUUUCACUGACGAUCGACUCUCUUAUAUUUGCGAAAAAAUUAUCACUCAUUAUUUCUUGUUGACGCAAAUCGAGCUUGAUCAGUGGAUGGAGGAUGCCGAGAGUUUCGCACAAGAUGAUGGCGGUGAAAGCUGGAAGUAUGCACUUCGACCUUGUAUUGAAUCGUUCUUCCUUACAUGUUUCAGUCAAUAUCAGACAAAAAUGACUGCUGAAGUAGUGAAGUACAUUCGAAAAGCUCAGCAAAUCGAACUGUCACCAUCAUCUGAUCUCAAGGACAUACUUAUAAAAGACGCCAUAUAUAACGCCGCAGGACUAGCUUCUUUUCAUUUUUUUAAUGAUAUCGAUUUUGAUGUUUGGUUUGGUAAUCAACUUUUGUCAGAACUCCGAAUCGAAAGUGAUAAUUUUCGUAUACUCCGUCGGCGAAUUAUUUGGUUAGUAGCCGAAUGGGCGGCAGUUAAAUUUUCUAGAAAUUUACGACCUCUAGCUUAUGAAGCUUGUUUACAUUUACUUCGGUCUACUGAGGAUAUGUCCAUACGCCUGGCAGCUUCUCGCACACUAUCUACAUUAAUUGGGGACUUCGAGUUUGCACCUGAGCCUUUCUUACCUUAUUUGGAACCGUCAUUUAAUGCGUUAUUUGUGCUCUUGGGAGAGGCUAGAGAAUGUGACACCAAAAUGAAUGUUUUGACAAUAAUGUCGUGUCUUGUGGAAAAGAUGAGCGAUAACAUAGAACCACAAGCAGACAAUCUGAUAUCGUAUUUGCCCCUACUGUGGAAAGAAAGUGAGGACUACAACAUGUUGCGAUGUGCUAUCAUUUGUACGUUGCAGCAAUUAGCAAAAGCGUUACGUGACAUCCCAGAAUCCAUGAAACCAUUCCUGUACAACGUAAUUCAACUCAGUACGGAUCUCCAGGAACCUUCGCAUAUUUAUCUUAUUGAAGAAGGACUAGCGCUCUGGGUUGCCGUUGUGGAAAAUUCAACUGUUAUGUCACCGCAGCUCCUGGCGUUAUGCAAAAAUCUCUUGCCAAUUAUUGAAAUGUCAUCAGAAAAUUUACGAAUAGUAUUGAUUCUUAUACAAGCAUAUAUUCUUUUGGACUCACACACAUUUCUUGAACGCUAUGGCAUGGAGUUUGUUCAAUUUUGUACACGCAUGUUUGACGAUUUACGACCGGAAGGUAUAGCUUUGAUGCUGAAGGUGUUUGAAACAUGUCUGAAAUCAGAUGCGAACUACGGAUUGGAAUUAGUGCGGCCUGCCUUGCCUUAUAUUUUCAAGCAGGUUUACCUGGACAAAGAGUUUCCUAUGCUUAUGUCAAUGUAUUUAAUGAUGGUUGCAAGGGUACUACUUAUCAGCCAAUCUGUAUUUACCGCAGUGUUGCAGGAACUACAACUGCCGAAUGCAUUAGAAACUAUACUUGACGUGUGGAUACGCAAGAUGCCACUAGUGACAGAAGUCGAAAAGCGAAAGCUCUUUGCACUUGCGUUUGCAUCGAUAUUCACCAAUGACCAAAUUUUACUAGAACGUUUUCCAGGAAUUAUGCAAAAUAUUGGUGAUACUCUUAUGGAUGUAAUGCGGGAGGAAGACGACGAAUUAGAUACCAUAGAUAGUAUCGAUACGGUGAAUAUUCCACCCCGUCCAGCUGGUGAGAAGCCAAUGAAGUUCUGCGACUCUUUGGUUUUCCUCGAUGAACAUGAUUUGGAUACAAGCAGUUAUUGUAUAAUGGACGAUUUUGACUACAAGACUUACCACUACGAUCGCUGCAGACAAUUGUCCCUUAAAGAUCCAGUGCAUAAGAUUGUGCUUACCGAAUACUUGGAAUGGCAACUGAAUACGUUGCGGACGCAAAUGGGGGAGGACGCGUAUCAACAGUUGAUGCAGUGCGUUGAUCCGGGAGUAUUGGAGAAGGUUGGGAAGUUUGUUAAACUGAAUUUAAAUUUUCAGCCUAACUGAAACAGAUUAUUAAAUAACUAUGAACCUCUUGCAAUAUUACCUACACGAAUAGCCUUUAACCCAAAGCAUAACGAAGCGAGUCACUAAUUUUCUACUUCAAUUAUAAAACUGGGAAACAGAAAUAAUUUCUGUAUCUAUUACCCGAUAUAAAAUUAAAUUACUGGAAAUAUUUUUUGUUUGUUUUUACAAUAAAAUUUCCUUUAAGUAUUCAAAAAAAAACGUACCCCCCUAUUAUGGAUUCGUACGAUUCACGAUAAACGCUUGCAUUCUGUUAUUCUCUAUUACGCAAUGAGGUUGUCGUAUGAAAUCCGAUUGUAAGCGUAGCUGAUUUGUGCUGGUUCACAAUAAAAAGUGAUCAAAACCCACAGCCAGUCACAAUACAUCUGUCGGGCAUAUGAACACGAUUAUACGAGAACUGUUUCCAUACGAUACGCUUGCAAGCGUUUAUCGUCUAUCAUAUGAAAAUUCAUAAUAGGGGGGAAAUUAAACAGAAAAAAGAAUGCGAAGCAAUUUGCAACUGAUUGUUUUGCUUAAUGAAGCAAGAAACUAAAUAAAAUUAAAAAAUUAAACACAGAACUCUUU